GCCGCCAUGUUCGUUCCUUCCGCAGCGCCCGGUGGCGGUGGCGCAGCCCGGGACCGGGACCGGCGGAAGGAGCGGCGGCAGUUCCCUUCCCGCGGGUAGGGAUCGGCCUCCUCAGCGCGCCCGGGAGCGGCGGCAGUUCCCUCCCCGCGGCCCGGAGCCGAGUCAGAUUUUUGGAAACUUGCAGAUCUGCUGUAGGCAACAAGUUUUACCACUGUAGUGAUUGAGGGCUGAGAAAUGUAAAUCCUCCAUAAACAGUCUAGGAAAACAGGAGGAUCCUUUCCCGUAACAAUGGCAACAAAAUCAUCACUGCUUAAAGUAAUACUGCUGGGAGAUGGUGGAGUUGGGAAGAGUUCCCUCAUGAACAGAUAUGUCACCAACAAGUUCGAUGCGCAGCUGUUUCAUACAAUAGGUGUGGAAUUCUUAAAUAAAGAGUUGGAAGUGGAUGGACAUUUUGUUACCAUGCAGAUAUGGGACACAGCAGGUCAGGAACGCUUUAGGAGCUUGCGGACUCCUUUCUAUAGAGGUUCUGACUGUUGCCUGCUAACCUUCAGUGUGGAUGACUCUCAAAGUUUCCAAAACUUAAGCAACUGGAAGAAAGAAUUCAUUUAUUAUGCAGAUGUGAAGGAGCCUGAAAAUUUUCCAUUUGUGAUACUGGGUAACAAAGUUGAUAUUGAUGAAAGGCAAGUAUCUACAGAAGAAGCCCAAGACUGGUGCAGGAAUAAUGGCAACUAUCCCUAUUUUGAAACCAGUGCAAAAGAUGCCACUAACGUUGCAGCAGCCUUUGAAGAAGCUGUUAGAAGAGUUCUAGCCUCUGAAGAUAGAUCAGAUCACUUUAUUCAAACAGAUACAGUAAACCUUCAUCGGAAACCGAAGCCCAGCUCAUCUUGUUGUUGACUUAAAUUUCUUUUGCCAAAUUACUGUUGACUAGCUUGCUCUGUAAAGGAAUGGGGAAGGUGUAGUAAAUAGAAUAACAAAUGGGUUUCACUCUAAUAUUAAAAUUGUAACAUUCUGCUGCUUUCAUGGGGGAGAAAAAGAAAAAUCUCCAUUCAUGAGUGACCCAUUAUUGAAUUAGUGAUGCUUUGUUUAGGAAGACAUCAAGGAAAAAAAUAAUAUAAGAAUAUAAUUUGCCAACUUUAUUCAUAUGAUAAGUACUUUGAAUAUAAUUAAAACUUGAAAGUUCUAGAAGCACUACUUUGAAGAAGCUGUUCUGGAAUUCAGGCACAAAGAUACUUUUAUAUGUGUAUAUUUUUAUGAAAUCGGCAUUCCACUUUUGUUUCAUUAGAUGUCAGUUUCUUAACAAUGCUAGAUAUUAAACUUCAGUCUCACUACA